CGAAUUCUCGAUCAGAUACCUUAUGUUUUAUGCUUGAUGGUUUAUGUUUAAGCUUUUUGACGCUUCUAUAAUCUACGCCCCUCCUCCCCGAUUGAAUGGUCCUUAUUGAUGUCUAUGCAUAUCCAUGUUGGUCUAUGUUGUUUAUGUUUUCGUUCACGUCUCGUUUAUUUUUCGCCAUGUCAUAUGUUCUGAAUUACUACACUAACGAUACGACCUGCAUGUGUCCACGAUGUUAUGAUUCUUUUUCUGUCUUUUUCCCCUCUUCUUGUUCUGUUUGUUUCUCCAUGCACGAUUACGCAGCCAUGUCAUACAAUUACAAUUACCUACUAGCUAGUUAUGAAGUUUUUAAGAUGUAGAUAGGUAGCCGGAUAUACAAUACAGGGUUUACCGUCUAUAUCAAUCAUAAAUUAGGUAGUUCAU